AUGAGGCCUUUAACAGAGGAAGAAACCCAAAGUGUGUUUGAAAAGCUGGCAAAAUAGUGAGUACACCCUUUCUACUUUGUACCUUCGUGAUUAAUUUAAUUAUCUCAUCACAAAGUAAGGUUUAAAAAGAGGUUGACUCCAGUGGCCGUAAUAUGACGAUGCUAACUAUGUAUAUAUUUUCAUUUUGUAGUAUUGGGGAUAAUAUAAAACUUCUCAUCGACAGACCAGAUGGAAAUUAUUGUUUUAGAUUGCAUGAUGACCGAGUCUACUAUGUAAGGUAAGUAGAUGACGCGUUAGGACAAAAAAAAAAGAGCGACGCUUAUAUUUAUUAAGCACAUGAACAGUUUUUGUUUGUGGCCAUAGCCAAGAUAAUAUUGAUAAUAUAUUUUUACUUACUGAAAGCUGUAGGGCACAAGUGGUUUGAAAUUUAAUUGUUUUGGUGAUAAAUAGCUUCAGAUGGAAGAUCAGGAAGGUUUCCUUUGUUUAAAUCCACAGUCUGGUUCCUAUGUAGCAAAGGAGAAUUUUUUGAACCAAGCAGCAGGGUAUCUUACAUUUUACGUACAUUUCCAUGAUUACUAACCCCAGGAACUUAUUUGGGUUUUAUUUGGUGCAGUGCACUUGGCAAAUCAAACUAUCUAUAGAGAAGACUUGGCCUAGCUACUUUUGAAUUAUCAACGAAAAGGAUAAAGUAUAAGUUACUACACCGUAUACCGUACUUCCUUCAUGCGUCUUGUUGAAAAUUGAUUAUAUUUGAACUGACAAAAUAAAGAGGUCUGAUAAUUUGUAGGCUGACUAGUGCAUCAAGUCAUGAUUCAGUUGUGUAAAGAAAAAUAAUUUUUUGGUGACUGAGUCAUGUCAGUCACCAAUGUACAUGCAUGCAUGCAUGUGCAAGACUUUACAAGUGUUAAAUCUUUUCAGAAAUAGCAACCAGUGGUAAGAAAAUCACCACCUACCAAGUUAUGUUUGUGGCUGUCUGCUCAGUUGAAAUAUUCCUUUUAUUCUUUAUUAAAAGAAAAGGGAGAGGUCUGUCUUAUAUUCCUGUUCUUCAAAAACAAGGAUGCUUAUGUCAAAAUACUCUAACAGUUCCAAGUGUUUCUAAAUUGUUGACUCAUAGUUGUAAUUUAUUUUCAUUUUCAGUGAAGAAAUCAUGAGAAAAGCCACAAAUAUAGCCAGAGAAAACCUAAUAAGUAUUGGAACAUGUAUUGGGAAGUUUACAAAGACAAGAAAAUUCAGACUUCACAUUACAGCACUUGAUUUCAUGGCACCAUAUGCCAAGGUAAGUAAUUACCACUGCAGUUCACAUAAUAAGAGGUGAUAUAUGUUUGUUAUUAUUAGCUGUAACAUGUUACAUGAAAUCAUGUACUUCUUUGGGCUCUCAAAAAAGAUUGUACAGUGGAAACCUAUGAGGACAGUCACCAAUGGGUGCAAAUGAAUUGGCCACAUUAACCAUUUAACUCCCAAAAUCUGAUAGUUAAUUCUCCCCUCUAGCUUCUACACAUUUCCUUCUAAAUUAGUCAUGAGAAUUUAGUGUUAGAUCAAGAUAACAACUUUAACCUGAUAAGUUUUAUUUUCUUCUCACCACCAAGCAAGACAUUUCUUUUUAUCUUAACUUUGAUAUUCUAUCUACUAUUUUAGGUCUUAAUUGUGUUUUGGCUUUGUAGUCUUAGGCUGUUAAUGUAGUUUUAAAAUUCUGGUCAUGUAUAUAUAUAUAAUUGAGAAUUUUGAUGUAAAUUAUUUUUAAGAAGCAGGGCCCCUAUGGAUACCAGCCUUAGAGCUGAAUGGGCUACCCUGUGUGAAUAAAGUUUUUACUUUUUUACUUUACUUAUUAUUCUCAUUGCAUGUUUGCUGGAUUACAUAUGGAUUUUUUUUUUUGGAGGGGGGGGGUGUCACAUUUUAUUCAAUUCUGGGAGUUAAAGGGUUAAAAGCAUGGGUGUUUUAUUGGGGCAGGAUCAAACUUCAUAAUUGCAAUAAUCCUUUCAUCAUGUUUGUAAUGAAAACAGGGAGGAGCAUUGCUUACUUUGUAAAGUAAAUUGGCUGUCUGAUUAGUAAAUGACAUGGUGAAAUAAUGGCCAUAACAAUGAGGUGACUGUAUGACCAAAGGUGGCCAUAAGACAGGGUUCCAGUGUAUUUAUAGUGAAUAUAGUUUUUAUACAUUGGAAUGUAUGUAUUGGAAUGAAGAUGAUUAUAUUCUUCAUUUUUAGUAUAAAAUUUGGGUGAAGCCAGCAGGAGAGCAGUCUUUUCUCUAUGGGAAUCAUGUUUUGAAGUCAGGCCUUGGGAGGAUAACAGAAAACACACCACAGUACCAAGGAGUUAUUGUAUACUCUAUGAAUGACCUUCCACUGGUGAGUGAAAAAGAAGGUCAUCUUGCAUGUAUCAAAAUGGGAUGGAAUUUCUCUAAACAUGUGGAAAUAUAGCACAGUUAACCCUUUAAAGAGUGACAAGGUUAUAGUCUCUCUUAACAAUCUAUCCCUUGAAUCAAAUGUUUAAGUCACAAGAAAAAAGGAAAUGAUUAGCAACCAAUAAAGCUCUUGAUGGUUUUACAAAUUCUCCUCAUCAGAACCUAGGAAAUGUACAAAGAACAGUAUGGAGAAAAGCAUAAUUAUGUUAGGGUGUAAAGGGUUAGUGAGUCGUGAGGAUAAGAAGGAUAAGAAAUAUGGAAAUCCUUACCCAUGAUAUUUUGUAGUCAGAUGGUCUUCCCUUGAAUAUAAGCCCAUGUGGUGGGGGAAGGGGAUCACUGAAUCCAUAUAGAAAUGUGAGGAGUGAUUGUUAGAAACCUAGAAACCUUUAAAUUCAGUUGUAUGGGUGUGGCUCCUACUAAUUUCACUCACCAAAGGUGCAUCAAACAUGAUUAAGGCAUUUUUGUGUAGAGCAUGUUUGUGUUAGGGAAUUUUUGUAGAACAAUUUUUCCAUAAAGUUCUGAAAGCUACUAUUUUGACUUAAAAGUACUAUUCUUUGUCUUCCACUAAGACCCCAAGGAGUGCUGCUAUGCAAAAUUUUCAAGUUGCAUUUAUUUGAUCCCCAGGAAUAUAAGUGUGCUGGGCCAUCUACAAGGCUUAUAUGAUGCGGCACUUGUCUCAAAAGUAGAUUUAGUAAUAGAGAAAACAUUCCGUGAGACAAGAACGAUUUAGUCGAAAUUUUAAAUACACCUAAUAAUUUUUUUUUAGUACUUCCCUCUCAAAUAACGGGGAAAUCUCUUGAAAUAGGUGCGCUUCAUAAUUUUUUCUAUUUUUCAGGGUUUUGGUGCCACGUCUCGUUCAACACAAGAUUGUCGCCGAGCAAAUCCUACAGAUAUCAUUUGUUUCCAUCAAGCUGAUGUUGGGGAAUACCUGAGAUCUGAGGACACUUUGACAUAACAAAAUGCGGAGACCAAUAAAAGAUCAAUUUUCAGGCAUUUUUAUCUUUUAUUUGGAAUUGUAAUAACAAUGAACUUUAGCUAAAAAUUAAGUGAAGAAAUAGCCUAUUGCGGUCAAUGCAAUAAUCAGGACAAACGUGUGUUUCAAUAUUUAUUUUGUAGGAUGCUACCACUAUCUUUAAAAAGAUGUUAUAUUGUUUGUUCAUGAAUAAAAAAAAAAUCACUUGAAAGC